AUGGUGGAGAGGGUGGAAGCAAGGGCGGAGAGAUUUUUUUGGAAGGGGCGGUCGUAUUUGGAGAGGGAUGAGAGAAGGGUGUUUAGUUUGUUUUGCAAAUCGGAGAGGGCAGCAAGCACAUCAAGGAAAAAUGCGUUUGCACUGGGAGAGAAUGCACCCAAGUUUCCGGAUCAAUUGCAUAAGCCCUUUAAAACCAUGAUUGGAGUCAUUCGUGAUUUUGGUAGGAAGGUCGUGGAGUUCCUCGUCGACUUUCUUAGAAAAGGUAGUGAGCUGUUCCUUGAAGAAGAGCACGUAUCGUUUUCUAAUUUCAUUUACGAUUUUGGAUCUGGCGUUAUCGACUUGUUCGUUGACGUGUUGUUUGAGUGUGGAAAUGUGAACAUCACUUUGUAA